CUCCCUCUGUCUCCCAGGCUGGAGAGCAGUGGCGCAAUCAGGGCUCACUGCAGCCUCCACCUCCCAGGCUCAAGCGAUCCUCCCUCCUCAGGACUCCCUCCAGCUCCCCCACCACAAAAUAGCUGGGACUACAGAUGAAUGAUCCAGUAUUUUGUGGUGAGGGGGUAUGGAGGUGGGUGUUUGAACUCUGUCCCUCAGUGUUGUGUAUAACAGUAGUUCACUUGCAUUGCUCUAUCAAUGUGCCAUGAUUUAUUUAUAUGAAUUGGUAUGGGUAUACUACCAAGUAUUUAUCCAUUGUAUUGUCGAUGGUCAUCUGGGUUGUUUCCAGUUUGAGGCUUUUACAAAUAAUGCUGCCAGAAAUAUUCUUGCACGUGCUUUUUUAUGCUUAUGGGUAUGCUUCUUCUUUAUGGCUUGGUGAUACCAGCAUCAGGAAGAUAAGCUCCUAUGUUAGUUUCCAUAAGUUUCACGCUACUAUGGAAUGAGACCACCACUUCUGCUGUCCUUCCCAGCUUCUCCCCCACCUCCGCUUUUCCCUAGUUUGUAAGACAGGAGAAAAGAGAGAAAGCAAAAAGUUGGAAAAAAACAGAAGUAAGAUAAAUAGCUAGGCGACCUUGGCGCCACCACCUGGCCCUGGUGGUUAAAAUAAUAAUAAUAAUAUUAACCCCUGACCAAAACUACUGGUGUUAUCUGUAAAUUCCAGACAUCGUAUGAGAAAGCACUGUAAAACUUUUUGUUCUGUUAGCUGAUGUAUGCAGCCCCCCAGUCACGUUCCUCACGCUUACUUGAUCUAUCAUGACCCUUUCACGUAGACCCCUUAGGGCUGUAAGCCCUUAAAAUGGCUAGGAAUUUCUUUUUCACGGAGCUUGGCUCUUAAGACGCGAGUCUGCCAACGCUCCCGGCGGAAUAAAAACCUCUUCCUUCUUUAAUCCGGUGUCUGAGGAGUUUUGUCUGCUGCUCGUCCUGCUACACUACCUUUCGCACGUAGAGCUACAAUUGAUCUGGAAUUCAGAGCUGUGUGAUGGGACAUAGGGGGCCAAGUUCCCUUUUUUCUUUUCCCUACGUGGAUAUCCCGUUGACCCAGCACCAUUAACUAAAAAUAGUUUCUUCCUGUGCUCUGCAGCCCCGCCUCUGAAAUAAAUUGUCCAUACACGUGUAUUUUUGUUUCUGGUCCCUAUCUUAUGUUCCACUGGUCUUCCUACUUUGCUCUUCUUCUUCAAGAUUUUUUCUGGCUGUUCUUGACCCUCUGAGUUUCUACAUAAUCUUCAGGCCCCUAUCUGGGUGCACUUCCUGGUAUCCCAGCAUCUGACGUGCCUGGCGCGCAGCAGGAACUCAGGGCUGGCUGUAGCCUGGAUGCAUCAGAGACGAUGGCAAAGCCUUCCCACAUGUGCCAGGUUCCAGCAACCCACCCUAGCCCCGCAAUUCCUCUUCGCUCACUCCCACCCCCCGCGGCGCACCCGCAAACGGCAAGGAGGCGUGCCCGCUGCGGCGCGCGUCACUUUCCCCAGGACCGACUGGCUCCGCCGCGGCUCUCCCCACCCCCGCCUCCGCCUCCACCUCUUGGGGCCGGGCCGGAAGGGAGACCUCACCGCCUGCUUCCCUCCGCCGCGGCAGCACAAGCUCAGCGAUGGCGGCUCCAGAAGGCAGCGGUCUAGGUGAGGACGCCCGGCUGGACCAGGAGACGGCCCAGUGGCUGCGCUGGGACAAGAAUUCCUUAACUUUGGAGGCAGUGAAACGACUAAUAGCAGAAGGUAAUAAAGAAGAACUACGAAAAUGUUUUGGGGCCCGAAUGGAGUUUGGGACAGCUGGCCUUCGAGCUGCUAUGGGACCUGGAAUUUCUCGUAUGAAUGACUUGACCAUCAUCCAGACUACACAGGGAUUUUGCAGGUACUUGGAAAAACAGUUCAGUGACUUAAAGCAGAAAGGCAUCGUGAUCAGUUUUGACGCCCGAGCUCAUCCAUCCAGUGGGGGUAGCAGCAGAAGGUUUGCCCGACUUGCUGCAACCACAUUUAUCAGUCAGGGGAUUCCUGUGUACCUCUUUUCUGAUAUAACGCCAACCCCCUUUGUGCCCUUCACAGUAUCGCGUUUGAAACUUUGUGCUGGAAUCAUGAUAACUGCAUCUCACAAUCCAAAGCAGGAUAAUGGUUAUAAGGUCUAUUGGGAUAAUGGAGCUCAGAUCAUUUCUCCUCAUGAUAAAGGGAUUUCUCAAGCUAUUGAAGAAAAUCUAGAACCAUGGCCUCAAGCUUGGGAUGAUUCUUUAAUUGAUAGCAGUCCACUUCUUCACAAUCCGAGUGCUUCCAUCAAUAAUGACUACUUUGAAGACCUUAAAAAGUACUGUUUCCACAGGAGCGUGAACAGGGAGACGAAGGUGAAGUUUGUGCACACCUCUGUCCAUGGGGUGGGUCAUAGCUUUGUGCAGUCAGCUUUCAAGGCUUUUGACCUUGUUCCUCCUGAGGCUGUUCCUGAACAGAAAGAUCCGGAUCCUGAGUUUCCAACAGUGAAAUACCCGAAUCCCGAAGAGGGGAAAGGUGUCUUGACUUUGUCCUUUGCUUUGGCUGACAAAACCAAGGCCAGAAUUGUUUUAGCUAAUGACCCGGAUGCUGAUAGACUUGCUGUGGCAGAAAAGCAAGACAGUGGUGAAUGGAGGGUGUUUUCAGGCAAUGAGUUAGGGGCCCUCCUGGGCUGGUGGCUUUUUACAUCUUGGAAAGAGAAGAACCAGGAUCGCAGUGCUCUCAAAGACACGUACAUGUUGUCCAGCACCGUCUCCUCCAAAAUCUUGCGGGCCAUUGCCUUAAAGGAAGGUUUUCAUUUUGAGGAAACAUUAACUGGCUUUAAGUGGAUGGGAAACAGAGCCAAACAGCUAAUAGACCAGGGGAAAACUGUCUUAUUUGCAUUUGAAGAAGCUAUUGGAUACAUGUGCUGCCCUUUUGUUCUGGACAAAGAUGGAGUCAGUGCCGCUGUCAUAAGUGCAGAGUUGGCUAGCUUUCUAGCAACCAAGAAUUUGUCUUUGUCUCAGCAACUAAAGGCCAUUUAUGUGGAGUAUGGCUACCAUAUUACUAAAGCUUCCUAUUUUAUCUGCCAUGAUCAAGACACCAUUAAGAAAUUAUUCGAAAACCUCAGAAACUACGAUGGAAAAAAUAAUUAUCCAAAAGCUUGUGGCAAAUUUGAAAUUUCUGCCAUUAGGGACCUUACAACUGGCUAUGAUGAUAACCAACCUGAUAAAAAAGCUGUUCUUCCCACUAGUAAAAGCAGCCAAAUGAUCACCUUCACCUUUGCUAAUGGAGGCGUGGCUACCAUGCGCACCAGUGGGACAGAGCCCAAAAUCAAGUACUAUGCAGAGCUGUGUGCCCCACCUGGAAACAGUGAUCCUGAGCAGCUGAAGAAGGAACUGAAUGAACUGGUCAGUGCUAUUGAAGAACAUUUUUUCCAGCCACAGAAGUACAAUCUGCAGCCAAAAGCAGACUAGAAUAGUCCAGCCUUGGGUAUACUUGCAUUUACCUACAAUUAAGCUGGGUUUAACUUGUUAAGCAAUAUUUUUAAGGGCCAAAUGAUUCAAAAUAUCACAGGUAUUUAUGUGUUUUACAAAGACCUACAUUCCUCAUUGUUUCAUGUUUGACCUUUAAGGUGAAAAAAGAAAAAUGGCCAAACCCAACAAACUAACAUUCCUACUAAAAAGUUGAGCUUGGACAUAUUUUGAAUUUUUGUAAGUGAAGAUUUUUAAACUGACUAACUUAAAAAAAUAGAUUGUAAUUGAUGUGCCUUAAUUUGCAUAAAUCAUAAAUGUAUGUCCUCUCUGUAAUUGUUUUAAUGUGUGCUUGAAAUAUCCAGAAAACUUAUGGAGUUAGUAAAUUCUGGGCUGUCAUAUGUAGGAUAGCCACUUUUUAGGUAUAUGUACAUUUAUAUUUCUAUCAAUUCCUUAUAAAAUAAAAUAAUAGAUCAAA